AUGGCUGCUACUGCUACUACCGAGGCCGUUGCCUCCCAACUCAAGUCGGCGCUCAAGUUCAUCCCUCGUCGCUCGGCCGCUCGUGGCCACGCCGAUCAUGGAUGGCUCAAGUCCUACCAUACAUGUGAGUCACCCAACUCAGUAAGACCUAACUUGGAGAGCAGUACACUGAUAUGUCCCCUUCUAUUCCUCCCCUUAGUCUCCUUUGCCUCCUACCAAGACCCGGCCUUCAGCCAAUACGGUUCCCUGCGAGUGAUCAACGAAGACCGCGUCGACCCCGGUGAAGGUUUUGGUCAACACAGCCACCGCGAAUUCGAAAUCUGGUCCUACAUCAUCUCAGGUGAACUCGAACACCGCGACAGUCUCGGCAACCUCGAGAUCAUGAAACGUGGGGACAUCCAGAUGACCUCCACCGGGACCGGCAUCUCGCACUCGGAAUACAACCGUAAUUCCAAGACGCCCGUUCAUUUCGCUCAGAUUUGGGGGAUGCCUCAUACCAAGGGUCUCAAACCGUCAUACUACAACCGCCACUUCACGGACGCGGAAAAGACGAAUGUACUGGUCCGCGUCGUCGCUCCCGUAGGACGAGACGGUGUGAUCGACUCUCGAAACGCACAAGGCCCUGCACCCAUCCACAGUUAUAUCACGAUGCACGCUUCAAUCCUCGAACCGGGGCAAUCCAUCUCGUACGAACUGGCCAAGACGACCAAGCGCGCGUUCCUUCAUCUCCUAAUGCGUUCGGGGUAUCGCAAGCCUUCGGUCUCGGCGAGUGACAAGUACGAUCAUGGUGGGGCGAUUCUCAAAUUGAACAAAGGAUUGGUCUUGGAGGAGGGGGACGCUUCGUUCAUUGAGGUCAACAAGGAGGGGGAUAGGAAACUCGAGGUGAAGAAUGUGGCGGAUACCGAUGGGGAGUGGCUGUUGUUUGAGAUGGAGGAGUGA